AUGGGUAGCUGUCUAUCGUCUAAUCCUCCAGUCGAUAUAGAGCAAGUAAAGAAGUUUGUUGAUGGCGAAAUUGCGGAUAAUAAGGUGAUGGUCUUUAGCAAAAGCUAUUGCCCACACUGCAAGAAGGCUAAGUCCGCCUUGAAUAGCAUUGGGGCUGAAUACAAGGUGGUGGAGUUGGAUGGUCGCUCGGACUGUGCUGCUAUACAGGAUUAUCUCAACGAGAUUACCGGUGCUAGAACGGUACCAAGAGUUUUUAUUGAUGGGAAAUGUAUUGGUGGAGGCAGUGAGACGGUCGCUUUGAAGAAUAGUGGCGAACUGCAGAAGAUACGAUUAAAUCCCGAUGGCACCUCAACCGAAGUAGUCCUCAAUCCCGCCGGUAGCGCCAUGGAUACCUCCAAUGCCAGUCACUGUAGUAGAACAACACCUGUCGCGAACGGGGAGCAGUUGACUCCAGUCGCUGUCCAAGCUUAUGUCGAUCGGGCGUCCUUUCGUGUGGGAGAUGGCAAGGUUCUGUUCACACUGAUAUGCUCUGCUGAUGCUAUGGUGACGGUGUACAUGAACGCUAUGAACAAGUACAAUUCCGCUUCCUCAUCUCGUGGACGACGCCGUCUUCAGUGGCCAGUGCUGAGCUACGAGCAUUCGCAGAGUAAACGUGUAUCGUGUACGGCUCCGAACACUCGGACCACCCUCGAGUUCGAUUUGGAGCCCUCGACGGUUAUGCUCAAGGCGAUGAGUGAGCAGCAUUGGCCUCUUAUCAUCGAGGUGUUCGUAGCGGCCACGCAGAGCAGCACUCUGAUGUACCUCUCGCCGACUGAUUCCCAUGCUACUAACGUUACCGUCUCUGAGCAAAUACACAAACUACCCAACGGCACAGUUGUAGCCACCGGCGCGCUCUAUGGUCUAGCAGAUAUUACUAAAAAUGGUGAUGGUAAGACGAGAGACACCUGUUCAAUAUGCCUCACCAACCCUAUCAACACAGCCUUACUACCCUGCGGCCAUACAGCCCUUUGCUCCGAUUGUGCACGGCUGCUUCAACAGGACCCAGUCAAUUCCAAAUGCCCUAUAUGUCGCGCUCGUGUCAUCAGCUCGGUUACCCUGGACCUUGCCUGA